UAUAGUACUGCUGGCGCGUCCCACUUUUCUUUAGAUACGAAGUCCUUCCCACUACAGAGUGGGGAGUGGCCUGGAGGCGGGCUACAGCGGUUUUAUAACAUGAUGUGAAUUUGAGAGGCUAGCUGUAUGGUUAUCAAAAGUGAGGCGUCAAGUCACAAGGACGAGCGCUAGUUUGUUAAACAUUUUGUGCUGAAGUUGCGAUUGUGCAGGAAGAUGCCUUCAGACUUUGAUUCAGUUCAAGCUUUGUUACAAACGGCAUUAGUGGAGAAUUUAAUAAAACUACAUCUGAGUAAAACCUCUGAGUGUUUGGAGAAGCCUGUAGGACUUGAGUACAGAUAUUCUAAUACCUUGGACACCCUGUGUAAACAUAAUGCAGGAAGCACGGACAAUCUUUGCAGCUCCCCUAGUUGGUCACUUUCAAAUCAUUUUAGUACAGAAAAGAUGUCCUCAAAACUGAGAAAAAACCCAUGGAGAACUGAACGAUCUGUCAGUAUGGUUGAUAACCAAGUCGGUGGCUUAUGCACAAAUAAUUCUAGUAAAAUAUCUGCCGGCACAGCUAGAUCUGCUCCACCUGCCACUUCUACUCGUUACAAAACAGAGCUGUGCCGCACCUUUGAGGAGCGUGGAACCUGCAGAUAUGGAGAAAAGUGCCAGUUUGCUCAUGGGCAGGAAGAGCUUCGUGGUCUCAGUCGUCACCCUAAAUACAAGACUGAGUUAUGUCGUACUUACCACACUGUUGGCUACUGUCCCUAUGGAACCCGUUGUCAUUUCAUUCACAAUGCAGAGGAGCAACAAUUAGUUCAUUUAUUGACUGUGAAGCAGCAGAGGCAAGACAGACCACAGCUUAGACAAAGUGUCAGCUUUGGAGGUUUCCCAUCUAAAUCUGGAUUCCAAAAUUUCCAGGAGACUUUUAACUUCAGAGCAUCAUCAUCUGGAUCUACUCCUGCUUCACCUGGAUGUCCUGAUCUGCCAUUUCCUGUAUUAACUGGCCCUCCAGGAUUCCGCAACGGAAAACUAGUAAAGCCAGCAUCUUUUUUUGGUAUGAAGUCUGGCUUUGAACAUAAUGUCAGUUGUUGCUGUCCUGUUGUAGCAAAAAGGCCUGCCCAGCUGUAUAUUGCUGCUCCUGUACCUGACUCAUCUGCUCUGACAAGGACCUUCUCGGAUGAGUCCCUCUCCGAUAAAGAUAGUUGCUACUGUAGCAGCCCAUGUGAUUCAGAAGAUAUGUUUGAAAAUACGAGUAAACGGCUUCCCAUUUUUAGUAUGCUGUCCAUCUCUGACCUGAGGAAAGGUGUUUAAAUUGCAUUUGUGCUGUUGAAGACCAAGGGAACUGACUUCAUGAGCUGAGAAAAGGUGUUUAAAUUGCCUUUGUGCUGUUGAAGACCAAGGGAACUGACUUCAUGAGCUGAGAAAAGGUGUAUAAAUUGCCUUUGUGCUGUUGAAGACCAAGGGAAUUGACUUCAUGAGCUGAGAAAAGGUGUUUAAAUUGCCUUUGUGCUGUUGAAGACCACGGGAACUGACUUAGAGUGCUAGUGCCUUUUAUAAUUUCUGUGUCAUAAUUUGGAAUGCCAUUAUGUAUGUAACCUUGCUGAAUUCUCUGCAUUUCAUGGUGAUCACUACUGUAUCUAGUGUAUGCAGUACUGUAAAGGUGCCUUAAUUGUCCCUUUGGAAGUGUGUUUUCCAGGUGCAGCUGCAACACUUUUUCUGUCCUUUUUUUAUUGUAUGCCUGCAGUCUUCAAACUUAAGUGCCUGUGGUGGUGAUGUUUUUAAGGCGUAUGUGUGCUUUAGACCUUUACAGUUUUGGUGAUGAGAGAUGUGUGCCUUUUGCUACUAAUUGUUUUUUUGCUUUAUUUGGUCUUUGUUGUGCUUUUAGACUGCUUGGUAAUGUAGGUAUGCGUUUAUAUGCCUGGAACAGUUCUAGUUUUCUAGUUGUCUGCUUUGCUGUCAAGUUUAACAUUAACAUUAUGUGCAGUGUUGAUACCACAGCCAGUAUGGAUUACAAAUCAGUAUUUGUGCUCUUUGCUGAGCAUUAAUGUGAAUAGUAGCACUGCUAAACUUUCAGGUACUUGGGUACAAGCCAAAGGAAUAAGUAAAAUUGCCUUUAGUUUUUGAUUUGUAGGAAAGCUACAUUGAACUUGAUGAAUUAGUAUUUAUUGUUUUUACUUUAGAAUUUGGCUGGAAUUCAGUUUUGGUGGGUAUUUUGUUUUUGUUUUAAAAAUGUUUUAGUUUUGGUUAUACUGAGAAUGUGAUCUAAAAUAUUAAUUUCUUUAAAAAUCAAUCAUGUAAUUUAACUUAAUGUAGAGACCCAAGUGUCAGAUUUGCAGGGCCUUCUUGCAAAGGCUCUUUCAGUUUACACAACAUCAUUUCUUUCCUACUAAUUUUGUUUUAAUCUUUGACUGUGAAGUUUGGAUUUUCAUAGCCUCUUCAUAUUGGUGACCAAAGUGGAUGUCAGAAGUGCCAUGGAUGUCUUGGCCACUGGAGACUACUUGCAAUUUUAGUUUUCCACAUGUGUUGAUAAAUGAAAACAAUACUUUUUUGCAUUCACUGUGAAUAUUAACCAAGUUAGAUUGCCAGUCCUUGGUGGUGUUGCAUUCCAUUUGUAUUUUGUAAUCUGAUUGUAACUGUCAGCUGAAUACUUAAUUUUCUAUUCAAUUCAGACUGUUUGUUUGAUCCUUGGUGUAAUGCAGUGUGAAAUUUGUUUAGGGGGGCUAUGGAGAAGUUAAUGUCUGAUCAUUGCUAAUUGUAAGCAUAAUUCAGUUACUUCUAUAGCUAAUUGUAAGCAUAAUUCAGUUACUUCUAUAGCAACAGUAACCUGAAUUGACAAGGGCAGUAAUGAUGUUAUAGAACUCAUGGUCUGCUGGUGACUUGUUAACUUGCAUAAUUUGGCAGUUGAAAGAAAGGAGCCUUGUGCUUUUCCUGGUUCUAGUGUAAGAUGUGCUAACUUUACUCUGUAGCAGUUUGUUACAUGGUGGAUCUCUGGAAAGCAGGUAAACGUCUCUGUUUUUGUGACUAAAUGGUGCAUGAUGUAUUGUGACUGUUGUGGCAAGUGUUGAGUAGGCUGCUGGAUGGUAUGUGACAGCCUAGUUGGCCAGACUGGUAAAACAGUAACAGCAUAUACUUUAAAAAUGUGCAGUCCUUCCUUGCUUUGGGAAUUGCUGUGUCCUUUGUUUUCUGUAGUAGGACAAAUGGACUGUAAAGUUUGGUAGUGUUUCUGAUUUUAACUUUAUCAGCAUAUUAUAACAAAAUGUUGGCACUUUCCAGAUGGCCAGUCUGCCUUAUUCAGAUCGUCCUUCGCUGUACAAAGAAUAAAUCUGUGCCUUACUAUAUCACCGAAUUGAACUGGAAUUGUGUUAAGGUUUUUUUUCUGUUUUUUUUUUUUGGGGGGGGUGGUAUAACCUAAUAGAUGCUGACCAAGUAAAGUAUAAGCUUGGCCUCUCAACAAAUGUGGCUAAUGCUAGAAGUUUGCUGGGAAAGAUUGGCAUCAACAGUUCUUGCCUCUGAUUUCUUUCCAAAGACAGUGUGGUAGUCUGGUUGGUAGUUUGUCAAGGUAUACCUGCAGGGUGUGAAUGCUACAAAAGAAAGGCCUGGCAUUCUGCUGUCCCCUGCAUAGUAAACUCCAAAUACGGUAGCUGUUCACUGAGCAACUGUACAAAUCCGAUGCAAAUUAUGAGCAUGGGUGGGGAUCUUACUACUUGAAGCGUGUCCUGGAUCUUUGCAGGUAACCAUAUUGGACCUUGAAGAUAUUUGUUAUGAACAAGACAGUGCGUUUUGCUCCACUGCCAGAUGCUUCAGUGUGUGUAGCCUUGUUGGGGCAGUAUUUGUACUAAACAAGUAUUUUGCUUAAUUAGCAUUUGUUGCUCUGUAUUUAUUUUUACAUCAAGUUUAAAGGAAUUCCUCAUAGUCUUGUUAAAUCUGGACACUUUCUGAUGUGUUUAGUGUGACUGCAGGAAGAUUUUUGUAACUUAAAUUAAUUUAUUUUUCACUGUGCGUGUAUAUUUAUAGCAAUAAGAGUUUGACAAUAUCGUACAAAAUUAAUAUAAUAUUUUUAUAGAAACUGUAUGGUUCCAUCUUUUAAAUAAAAGU